GCGGUGCGGUUUAAUUCAACCACCUCAACCGAAUAACACAUGGUCACGGACAGCCAUUGAUUGUGUUCUGGUGCCCAAUAUUAAACAAGUCGCCGUUCGUUAUCAAAAUAUGAAAUAACCAAAACACCACACAAUUUGUGCGACACAAAUAACAGGAUAAAAUUUGAAAAAAACCGUGUGCCUUCAAUAGUACCAUCAUGUCAUUGGUCGCCAAGUCGUACGUGGACAAGGAGGUCAACGAAUUUAUCUGGAACAUUGAAGAUCUGCAGCUCCUCGCUACUAAUCCGAAUAUGACGGAAAUGCACGUUUUCCCCUUCACGGUCGGCUCCAGCAUCGACAGAGUCUCGAAAUGGAAACUUUUCCUUGCCCCCGACAACACUAAGGGUCCCCUGUUCAUCGCACUAUUCUUCCAAUUGGUCGAAUACACCGGUACUGACAGGCUCCCCGUCACCCUGAAAGUUUGCAUCGAGCCGAGCAGUUCUUCCAGAUAUGGAUGUCACAUUGAAUUUUCCAACUUCACCGCAGGCAAGGAGCGUAUGAAAUGCAAUUUUGUUUCUGAUGCUGACUUGACCUCUACCAGUAGGUUUCCGCAGAGGUAUACGCUCGGCUCAAUUUUUAAGGAGUUUUCCACCCCCGGGUUAAAAUUGAUGAUCAAGUUCGAGAUGUUUGGGAAACACCGAUUCACUAUUUCGGACGAGGAUGGGUCGUCGCCAGCUUCUUUGAUGGCGAGGGAGCAAGCCCUUAGCGCCAGACGCCACAAGGAGGUCGCGCUUGCCAUGCUGGAAAGCGGGGAGCGGUCCGAUGUGACCUUUGUGACGCGGGAUGAACAACGCGUCCCGGCGCACAGGCUGAUCCUCUCCAUGCACAGCGCCGUCUUUGCCGCCAUGUUCGCCGCCGAGAUGAAGGAGAAGACGGACGGCGUCGUCGAGCUGGUCGACAUGGGGGGCGACGCGCUCAAAAUCUUGUUAAAGUUCGUCUACAUUGGAGAACUGGAUGAUAAAUGGGGCCAAUUUUACGGUGAGAUUAUCAACGCGGCGGAAAAGUAUCAACUCACAUCCUUGACCAAUAUUUGUGAUAAGCUUCUUCCGACACUCGUCUCAUGGGAAAACUGCGUCGAGCUGUUGAAACUGACCGAAUUGCACGGUAUGGCCGGUGCGAAGGAGGGGAUUGAAAAAUUUAUGAGAAGUGACCCGGGAAAAUUGUUUCACUUGACAAAUCAACUUCUCAGCGUCGUCAAUGCAUUUGCAUAAUUCUUGAGACCAAUUUAAUCAAACUUUGUGGACAAUUGUUAUGACGAACGUUAAUCUACGUGUCUGCAUAUGACAUAAUUAAUUGCAACGAAUCACUUGUAAUUUUUUCAUUAUUGUAAUAAAUAUGUACGUAUCGAAUCGAUACUAUCGAUGAUAUGUA